AUGAAGGCUGCCUACACCGCCUAUCGAUGCCUCACCAAAGACCUAGAAGGCUGCGCCAUGAACCCGGAGCUGACAAUGGAAAGUCUGGGCACUUUGCACGGGCCGGCCGGCGGCGGCAGCGGCGGGGGCGGCGGCGGGGGCGGCGGGGGCGGCGGCGGGGGCCCGGGCCAUGAGCAGGAGCUGCUGGCCAACACCAGCCCUCACCACGCGGGCCGCGGCGCCGCUGGCUCGCUGCGGGGCCCGCCGCCGCCGCCAACGGCGCACCAGGAGCUGGGCACGGCGGCAGCAGCUGCAGCGGCGGCGUCGCGCUCGGCCAUGGUCACUAGCAUGGCCUCGAUCCUGGACGGCGGCGACUACCGGCCCGAGCUCUCCAUCCCGCUCCAUCAUGCCAUGAGCAUGUCCUGCGACUCGUCCCCGCCCGGCAUGGGCAUGAGCAACACCUACACCACGCUGACGCCGCUCCAGCCGCUGCCGCCCAUCUCCACCGUGUCGGACAAGUUCCACCACCCGCACCCGCACCCCCACCACCACCAUCACCACCACCACCACCACCAGCGCCUGUCGGGCAACGUCAGCGGCAGCUUCACCCUCAUGCGCGACGAGCGCGGGCUCCCGACCAUGAACAACCUCUACAGCCCCUACAAGGAGAUGCCCGGCAUGAGCCAGAGCCUGUCCCCGCUGGCCGCCACACCGCUGGGCAACGGGCUGGGCGGCCUCCACAACGCGCAGCAGAGCCUGCCCAGCUACGGGCCCCCGGGCCACGACAAAAUGCUCAGCCCCAACUUCGACGCGCACCACACUGCCAUGCUGACCCGCGGUGAGCAACACCUAUCCCGCGGUCUGGGCACCCCGCCCGCGGCCAUGAUGUCGCACCUCAACGGCCUACACCACCCGGGCCACGCUCAGUCCCAUGGGCCGGUGCUGGCGCCUAGCCGUGAGAGGCCACCCUCGUCCUCUUCGGGAUCGCAGGUGGCCACAUCAGGCCAGCUGGAGGAGAUCAACACCAAAGAGGUGGCCCAGCGCAUCACCGCCGAGCUGAAGCGCUACAGCAUCCCACAGGCGAUCUUCGCGCAGAGGGUGUUGUGCCGGUCUCAGGGGACUCUCUCCGACCUGCUCCGGAACCCCAAACCGUGGAGUAAACUCAAAUCUGGCAGGGAGACCUUCCGCAGGAUGUGGAAGUGGCUGCAGGAGCCCGAGUUCCAGCGCAUGUCUGCCUUACGCCUGGCAGCGUGCAAACGCAAAGAGCAAGAACCAAACAAAGACAGGAACAAUUCCCAGAAGAAAUCCCGCCUGGUGUUCACCGACCUCCAACGCCGAACGCUCUUCGCCAUCUUCAAGGAGAACAAACGCCCAUCCAAGGAGAUGCAGAUCACCAUUUCCCAGCAGCUGGGCCUGGAGCUCACGACCGUCAGCAACUUCUUCAUGAAUGCCCGGCGCCGCAGCCUGGAGAAGUGGCAGGAUGAUCUGAGCACAGGGGGCUCCUCGUCCACCUCCGGCACCUGUACCAAAGCGUGA